AUGCCUGAAUCAAUAGAACCAUCUGAAGCAAGUAAACUUUUAAAUGAAGAUCCUAAGAUUCAACUGAUCUUAAGUAGUGAUACUGCUUUAGAAGUAUUAUUAACAAGAUUAAAACAAAGUAUAAAUACCAGUGAUGAAUUUGCUAAAUUCAUUAAAAAGAAAGCUUUAGUUGAAGAUGAUCAUUAUACUCAAUUAAAGAAAUUUGCUUCAAAUACAAGAAAUAUUAUGAAAUCAAAUAAAAAUUUAAAACAAGAUUCAUUACAAGAUCAAUUAGAUAAAAUUAUUCAAUUUGAUGAAAUCUUAUAUGGAGUUGGUAAUUCAUUUGUUCGAGCUUUAAAUACUAUGUAUGAUGAAUUAAUUGCUUUAAUUGGUACUGUUAGUCGUUCUAGGAAAUUAAUUAAAGAUGAAGGUAGACGUAAAGAAAAAGAAUUUUUAGAUUCAAUUCAAGCAGCUGAAAAGGCAAAAUUAAGAUAUGAUCAUUUAUGUGAAGAUUUGGAGAAACUUAAAACUUCUGAUCCCAAUAAGAAAUCUUUUAGUCUUAAAAAUAAAUCUUUAGAACAACAAGAAGAUGAUUUACAAAGAAAAGUUGAUCUGGCUGAUCAAGAUUAUAAAUCAAAAGUAUCAACUUGUAAGAAAUUAAAAGAUGAAAUUUUAAUAAUUCAUAGACCAAAUAAUUCUAAAAAAUUAAAGAAUUUAAUUUUGGAAUUAGAUAUUGCUCUUAAUGUUCAAUUACAGAAAUAUGCAACUUGGAAUGAAAAUUUAAUUAUGAAUUCAGGAGUAUUAAUUAGUCCAUUACAAUCAACAAAACCUUCAAUGAAACAAAUGGCAAGUUCAAUUGAUAAUGAAAAAGAUUUAUAUCAAUAUUUAUUAAGAUAUGGUUCAAGUUCUGGUAGUAAUAAGAAUUUAACUACCGUGGAAUAUCAAGUUCAUCCUUCUUUAAUUAGAGCUCAACCUAAUAAACCUUUUUUAAGUGGUAACAAAUUAAAUAAUACAAAACCAUUACCAAAUAAUAACUUUGGUAAUAAUAAUAAUAACACCAAUACCGCGGCCGCCCAUCAAAGAAGUGCUUCAAGUAUUGCAUUUGGUACAGGAUCCAAGAGUAGUUACUCACCCACAGGUGUUGGUGCAGCGAUAGGCGGUGCAGCUGCUGGCGUUGGCGCCGCCAUGGGAUCAGGUCAUGCUCCUAGCAAAUCAUUCUCAAUGGGAACACCUACAUCACCCGAAGAAACAAAAUCAUAUGCACCAUAUCCAUCAAAUGCCGAUGACAGCCUUCCGGUAAUACCAUCUUCCGAUGCACCAAUACCACAAGAAGGAGCAUAUCAAUCUUUGGACCCACUUAGAAGUGGAGAUUUAAAUGGACCUAAAUCAUUAAGUCCCGUUGCAGUCACCCAACCGACAUUUGGAGUUUCGAUUGAAGAUGUGAUUGAAUUUGCCGGGGUGGAUAAUGUUCCACUUAUAGUUCGGAAAUGUAUUGAAGUUAUUGAAGCUUAUGGAUUAAAUAUUGUUGGGAUUUAUCGGACUAGUAGUAAUUCAACCACAGUAUCACAACUUAAACAAUUAAUUGAUGAGAAAUUUACGAAUUAUUUAUUGAUUGGGAAAGAUAUAAACCCUGACAAUGUUUAUGAUUCUGAAAUAUUUGCCGUGGCUAGUUUAUUAAAAUUAUAUUUUGCUAGUUUACCUGAACCUUUAUUCACUAAUGAAAUGGCUCCGGCAUUUAUUGAUACGGUUAAAAGUACUGAUGAAACUUAUAUUGCGAAAAAAUUACAUCAUUUGGUAUUUAGUUUACCGGAUGGGGCAUAUUUUAGUUUAAGAGCUUUAAUAUUUCAUUUAAAUAAUGUUGCUAAAUAUGAACGGGAUAAUAGAAUGAAUGCAAAAAGUUUAUCAAUAAUUUGGGGACCCGUAUUAUUUAAUGAAUUAAGUUCAAAUGUUCAAGAUUUAAGUUAUAAAAGUAAAGUAGUGGAAGAAUUAAUGGCAAUUGCUAAUGAUAUUUUUGAAACUGAAGAUGAGUAG